CGGCAGUGGAGGCGCGAAGGGGAAUUAAGAACAGGCUAAAGGUGUUCCUGUUAGUACCGUCUGUUCGGCCUCUUCUAAGGGAGAAAGGCAGAAUAAACGGGAACCAGAAGCAGCAAAACCCUACCUCUAAGGGAAGUACGUCCGACCGAAAUUUAGUGCGACCGCGGGCCGCGGGGCCACCGGUAGCCGGUUUUGCAGUGUAGACGACAAGGGCAAAACACAACAGCCCGUCAGUGGAACAGCUACGUCUAGCAAUUUGACGAUGCCGCGGAAGGCACCACUGUUAAGGCAACCAAGAGGGCAUCCUCAACACCAUGUGUGGCUCUUUUCCUUCCUCUUCUAAGGGAGCGAAGUAUGCUUGUUUCAAGGAUGUCAAAAAUGCGGUAGCUCUAACAUUGCCGAAGACCAGU